GGCACAGCAGCAGAGGACGCCGAGCAGGAAAAAAGGGGUGAGUGCCCCCCCCCCCCACCUCACAGCCCCACAGCCCCCACCCCAUAACCCCCCCCAUAGAUAUAGGGUGGGUUUAAAGGGGUUUGAAGGGGGGGGAUUUAAGGGAGCGCGGCCUCUUCCUGCCCGUGCAGCAGAUGAGGGCGCAGCGCUCCUUCCUGCCCCACGGCCGCUGGGCUUCGAGUGGGGUGGAUUUGGGGUGGAUUUGGGGUUUUUUGGGGUACGGCUGUCCCCCACCUCUCCUCCAAUCGCGCUGUCGUUUCGUUGCCUUUUAAUGGCAGAGCAAAGUUCGUCAGCACCGAAGCUCGUUAAGGCCGAGCGACUCCAAUCCCCUCCGUCCUCCAUCCUAUGGGGGCCAACCUGCUUCCAAUUGGGGGGGGGAUACUUAAUUACCCCUAACAGCCCCUAAUGACCCCUAACGACCCCUCAUUAACCCUAUAUUUACGUAUUUAAUGCCCUUCUCGCUCUCCGUGGCGCUGUUUCGCCCCCCCCCCCCCCCCCCCCCCCCCCCCCCCCCCCCCCCCCACUGACAGCCCGGGAUUAAACCCAGAGAUCCCCGCAUCGGAGAGCGGAACACACGGCCACGUUUUGGGGUACAAACAGAGGAUUUCGGGGCUUCCCAUUAUGGGAUUUGUGGACUCCGACCCCGAAGAAGGGGGGGGGGGGGGAGCGACCUCUGCCCCCCCCGGCGAUUCCCAGCGCUGCCAUUGCUCACACCCAUUAUUUUCCAUUGCUUUCGGAGCCUUUUCUUUUUUCCCCCCUUUCCUUGGUUUAUUUUUCCCCAUUUUUGGCUUUUUUUUCCCCCAUUUUGGCUUUUUUUUCCCCCAUUUUCCGCCUUUUCUUUCCUCAUUUUCCCCCUUUCGUGCCCUUAAGACCUUUUUUCCUCGCCCACUUUCCUCCCUUUAAGGGCCCUUCACGGAGGAUCUGUGCAUCCCCAGGGCUGGAAACAUCAGAAAUUUGGGCUGAAAAAGGCCAAAUUUUGCUCCGCGGACACCCAGAGAUCGGCGCUCAGUCCGUCAGCCGGGAUCCACCACCAUGUCCACCAAGGCGCCCAUCUACCUGAAGCGGGGCAGCAGGAAGGGCAAGAAGGAGAAGCUCCGCGACAUCCUCUCGUCCGACAUGAUCAGCCCCCCGCUGGGGGACUUCCGCCACACCAUCCACAUCGGCAGUGGCGGCGAAAGCGACAUGUUUGGGGACAUCUCCUUCCUCCAGGGGAAAUUCCACCUCCUCCCCAGGACCGAGAGCGGCUUCCAUUCCGACAAGGACAGCCCCGAGGCCGCUCCCUUCGAGUUCUCCAGGACGGCCACCAUCUCCGGCCGCCAGCAGGCGACCGAAACCUCCUCUCCCCUCCUCAAAAACGCCAUUUCGUUGCCCGUCAUCGGGGGGCCGCAAGCUUUGACCCUUCCUUCCGCCCAAGCACCCCCAAAACCCCCACGGCUCCACCUGGAUGACAAAGCCGCCGCCGCCGCCGCUGCCGUCCCGCGUCCCUGCAGCCCACAGAACGGUUUCUCGGAGGAGAAGAGCAGCCCCGAGCCCUUCCUCUCGCACGCCGGCUCCCUCCUCUCCCUCCACGUGGAUUUGGGGCCGUCCAUCCUGGAGGACGUGCUGCAGGUGAUGGAGAAGCACCAAGGGGAGAAGACGGCGCAGGAUUCGGGCCGGCAGGAGAUCCUGACAUGAAGGCGAGCGGAGAACCCCUCGUGUGAAUGGGACGGGAGCACUGCAGCCCUACAGAUACCCCCCGAGGAACGGGGGAGGGAAUAAAACCCCACGAGGCCGCGGGGCAGCGCUGCAUCAUCCUUCCCUAUAGCGACGGAUUGAGCUGACCCGGAGGAAACGAAGCGCCGGUGGAAAAGGGAUGGGGUGCGAAGCCCAGAUGGGGUUCCCAAGGGAAGGCGGUGUUGUUUUGGGGGGGAUUUCGGUGCUGACUGAGGGAACGCGCGGCCCUAAAAGCGCCGGGUUGGUCCGGAGGCCACAGAGAGGUGAAAUGGAGUGGUUUUGCAGCAAAAUGGCCCCACCGGGUUUUCGUGCUGCUCCUUCUCCGUGGAAAAGCUUAAAAACAAAAAAACCCCAAAAGACCCCCCAAACCCCCCCCCCCCAAAAACCCCCAACCCACCCAAAAAACCCCAAAAGACCUCCCAAAAACCCCCAACACCCCAAGAAAACCCAAAAGACUCCCCCAAAACUACCCCAAAAGACCCCCCAAAAACCCCAAAAGACCCCCCAAAAAAUCCAGAAGAUCCCCCAAGCCCCCAAAAUAACCCCCCAAGCCCCUCCAAACCCUCCAAAAAACAACAAAAAAAACCCCAACUUUUCCCUCCAACCCCCCAAAAGCCCCCCAAACUCCCCCCAAAACCCCCAAAACAACAAAAAAAACCCCAACCCCCCCAAAAAAACAACAACAAAAAACAGAAAAAAGAAAAACAAAGACCCCCCCCCCCCCCCCCCCCCCAAAAGAGAAAACCCCCACCCGGAGCAGAGCAGCAGAAAGCUGCAGUUUGGCCAGGACCAAAAACUGUGGCUGCAGCACAGGGGUUGGAAUUUGGACGUGGUCAUAAAUCAGCGUGAAGGAAGAAGGGUGAAUCACUGCGCCCGGAGCCAGCCUGCGUGGAUUAAUUAACGACCUCCUCGUUAACCGCGCUGGCCUCGUUAACCGGGCGGAGGCUGAGAGGCAGUGGGCGCCGUUGGUCCCAUUUGUAUCAAAAACCAUCACUGAAAACACCCAUUUCUGCUGAAAUCGGCCAUCGGCGGAUGCUGACCUCGUUAACUCGCGCGGUAAUUAAUUAACUGCGGGACUUGGAGUGAUUUGUGGCCUUCUUGCCUAAAAUGAGGUGGCGUUCCGCGCUCUUCACCAACCUUCUGUUGGUUCCCCAUGUUUCUUCAUGGCCGUUUGGCACGGGUGCGUCGCUGGAUAACGACUCAUUAAUUAACGACUCAUUAAUUAGCGACUCACUAAUUAACGAGCUGGCGGCUCAUCAGUGUGCCAUCGUGUGUGCUGCCUCUUGUUCCUCAUUUCCAGGCGGGGGGGGAAAUGCGUGCAAACAGCAAACAUUUGGGGUUAAAACGCUCUUUUGCCAACUUUUCAAGCCUGCAGGAUGAGGAGUAAUUAAAAAACAGUGUUAAUUGAGCGCAAA